AUGUCCGCAGACGGUGUUGCGAUCUCCACCGGUUCGGCUCCGAGCUCCGCCCCCGGUUCGCCCAAAAGCCGCCUCAAGUUCCUCUGUAGCCACGGCGGCAGAAUCCUCCCCCGCCCCUCCGACGGCCACCUCAAGUACGUCGGCGGAGAAACCCGUGUCAUCUCCGUCCCUAUUGAUAUUUCGUUUCAGGAACUGAUGAAGAAGGUAAGCUACAAAUUAGAUGGCGAGAUGAGGCUCAAGUACCAGUUGAGGUCUGAGGACAUGGAUGCCCUCGUCUCUGUGAAAUCCGACGAGGACCUCCGCCACAUGCUCGACGAGAUAGACUUCCAUGAGCGCUCAGGCCUCCCGAGGCUCCGCGCCUUCCUCUUCCCUCUCAACCCUUCCCCGGCCCAUGACAACAACCUCGACCCAAACCCCAUACGCUUACUUGCGGCAGUCAAUGCUAUGCAACAAGGCUCGAGGGUCUCGUCCGCCUGCUCCUCCCCACGCACCCCCGACAGUUGCACCACUGAGACCCUAAACCAAAUCCCAAACAGCUACUUUAUGAACACUGGUCGGGCCUCCACCAGCAGCAUCCACAGGGUCCGGAGCUCACCCACCAUCUGCAGCCUCAACAAUGGUCCGAGCUUUUGCCACCAGCCAGCCAAGCUGCUAGUCGACCAGCAGAAGAGUCUGAUGCCCGACCGUCUGAUCUCGGUUAGGUCGGUCGGUCGAGCUGAAGGGGUGAGGUACCAGGUGGACCCUUUGCCCAUGCAGUAUUAUUCCCCUGGUGCUUCUUCCAGGCAGAGCCGGGGAAACGGGUUAUUGCAGUGUGACGAGUGGGGCCAUUUUAUAGAUAGGAGAAUGAUAGCAGAUAGAAAUGCGAGCCUUGCGACAAGCCCCGUGUCGGCAAGCCCGCUCGGGCAGGGACAGGGCAGCCGGGCCUGGGAUAGGGAUGUUUGA